UCCUUUCUCUCUAAAGGAGACAGCCCCAGGCUGGGCCACUGUUGACGGACGCCAUGCAGCUCCAGGCCUCCUUCUUCUUUUUCCUGAUGCUCAUCUUCUGCCAAGAGCUUUGCUCAGAACAAAGAAAAGUGCCCAGGAAGUCCUUACCGCCUGUGUGCACACUUCCUAAGGAAAGGGGUGAGUGCCGAGCCAUGUUUGUGAGAUGGUACUAUAACUCCAAAAUUGGCCGCUGUGACUGGUUCCAUUAUGGAGGCUGCAGAGGCAACCAGAACAACUUCCUGAGCAGAUAUCAGUGCCAGGCAUUCUGCACAAAUAUCUGACUUGUCAAGCCAACCGGACCUCUAUGGAGCCAAGCUCCCUAGGGGUCCCUGAAGGGUUUUGUUUGUGAAUAAAAAGUGCAUUUCUCUAAAUACAUUUCCCUAAGAU